AGAGCUGCCUUUCAGUUCCACCUAUCAGUGCCAGUCAGUGCCGCCUAUCAGCGCCGCCAGUCAGUGCUGCCUAUCAGUGCCAAUCAAUGCUGCCUAUCAGUGCCCAUCAGUGCUGCUUAUAAGUGCCGCCUAUCAGUGCCGCCUAUCAGUGCCUGUCAGUGCCACCUAACAGUUCCAAUCAUCAGUGUCACCUAUCAGUGCCACCUAUCAGUGCCCAUCAAUGCCGCCUAUCAGUGCCAUAUAUGAGUGCUGCCUUUCAGUGCCCAUCAGUGAUG